UACCUGCAUGUCUGCAAGAUGCCAUUACAAAGAUGCAUUAUGUUUAUAUUACUGUAUACGUCAACAAACAAAGCAACAAAUAGGAUAUGACAAAGAGGAAAUUGUUCUCUUAGAAUGUCAUAAUAAUUUCCAUGGCCUGAUAUGCCUUCCUUUUAUUUCACAAGGCAUAGUAUUUUUCAUGCCAAGGCUAGCUUAUGGCUUCUUGGUCUUGCAUCCUCAUUCUUUACUUCAUGUUACCUCUGAUUUUUCCUAAGACCACAACAAAUUUGGCUUCUGCUGCACCAACUCAGUUAACUAACAUCUACCCUUUUCCAUGCUCCGAUCAAAUCAAGACAUGCAACGCAUUCCUCUACCAGCACAACGGUCUCUCAACACAGAAUAUCACCAAUUUUUACGCUGUCAAUGCAUCAGCAAUCAAGCCGAUUAUCCAUGAUGACAGACAAGACUACCUAGUUAAUAUACCUUGCACUUGCAAAGAUGUUAAUGGAACUGUUGGAUAUUUCUAUGACACGAGUUACAAGCUGCAGCCAGAUGAUACAUUUGCAAAUGUUUCUAAUGACAUUUUUAGUGGACAGGUUUGGAAAGUUGGAGGAGAAGAAAAAAGUUACCGGGCUGGGGAUGUAGUUACUAUGCAUCUGUUGUGUGGAUGUGUGGAAGAUGAAGAGAAAAUUGUGGUGACGUAUACUGUUCAGGAGCAUGAUACUUUGUCAAGUAUUGGAGAUUCGCUUUCUUCUCAAGUCAGUGACGUAGAGAACUUGAAUCCUCACUUGACAACUCCACAGUUCGUAGAUGUUGGAUGGCUGAUUUAUGUGCCCAUGUACAAAAAUGGCGUUCCAGCGCUAGCAAGAAAGAAGCAGAAGGCACACAAAUGGACAAUACUUGUUGGAAUAGUAUCAGCUGUGACUGUUCUUUCAAUGUGCACUGUGAUGAUGUUUAUUCUCAGGAGAAAUAGACUGCAUAGACGCGCCAAGGAGGAUGCUGCAGCUAUUUCCAAAAGCUUUAGUACUAAAAAAACCACGUCUUUGCAGAAGCAGUACAUGUAUAAAGAUAAUACUGAAGGUUUACUGUUUGCCAAUUUGUCUGCAGACAUGCCAGUUUUUGAAUCAGAAAGGCCAGUAAUAUACAGUCUUGAGGAAAUAGCAGAAGCUACAAGCGAUUUUGAUGAGACUAGGAUUAUCGGGGUAGGUGGAUAUGGGAGUGUGUAUUAUGGGACAAUUGGGAAGCAGGAAGUUGCAAUUAAAAAGAUGAGGUCUAACAAGUCUAAGGAAUUUAUGGCGGAGCUCAAAGUCUUAUGCAAGAUACAUCACAUAAAUGUGGUAGAGCUGUUGGGUUAUGCCAGUGGGGAUGAUCACCUCUACUUGGUCUACGAGUAUAUCCUAAAUGGUUCUCUCAAUGAACAUCUUCAUCAACCAACGCUAAAAGGUCAUAAGCCUCUAAGUUGGACUACAAGAACACAGAUUGCUGUAGAUACUGCAAGGGGUAUUGAGUAUAUCCAUGACCAUACAAAAUCUCGGUAUGUUCACCGCGAUAUAAAAACAAGUAACAUUCUACUGGAUGAAGCAAUGAGAGCUAAGGUUGCAGAUUUUGGUCUGGCAAAACUAGUAGGUCGAACCAAUGAAGAUGAAUUCUUGGCGACCCGUCUAGUUGGAACACCAGGAUAUCUUCCCCCUGAAUCUGUGAAAGAGCUACAGAUAACUACCAAAACCGAUGUUUUUGCAUUUGGAGUCGUUCUCGCAGAACUAAUAACAGGAAAACGCGCACUCAUUCGUGAAAAUGGGGAUCCAAACAAGAUGAAAUCACUCAUCUCAAUUAUACACGAAAUUUUCCAAGACGAGGAUCCAGAGUCAACAUUGGAAUCCUUUAUAGAUGAAAAUCUCAAGGGAUGCUAUCCCAUGGAAGAUAUAUACAAGAUGGCAGAAAUUGCAGACUGGUGCCUCUGUGAAAAUGCAAUUAACAGACCAGAAAUGAGGGAGGUGGUUGUUGCAUUAACUCAAAUCAGGACCUCGUCCACAGAGUGGGAAGCAUCAUUAGGAGGCGAUAGCGUGGUUUUUAGUGGAAUCUUUAACGGGAGAUGAAAUGCGUUUAAAGAAGCAAAGCUCUUAAUUUUUAAAAUAGAGUGAAAAGUUUACUGCAAACAGUCAGUGAUCUGCUAAUCGCUGGACUUCUUUUCUUUUCCUGUCUUGUAAAGCCAAAGAAUGUUUUGAGAAACAAGAAUAUAAAUUCAACACUUUGAUUUCAA